GUCACCCGGCGCAUUCGCUUUGAACGUGUCGCCUUCAGCGUGUUGAGGGAGGGAAGUAAACAAGUCCCGGCCCUCGCUCUCCUUCCCUCCCGCCGGGCCUCCGCCACCUUCCAAAGGCUUUGGCCUAGAAGAGACCAGAAAGGGAGGCGGGAACCUCCCUCAGUUGUGGCGCAGUAGGAAUUCCCGCUCCGUUGCGACCUGAGAAAGGCGGAGAGAGUCAAGGCCCGGGCAGAAGGGAGCGAGCGAGGAGAGCGGCGGGGGGCGGCAGCCGCCGGGAAAGGUGAUGCCCGUGUUUAUUUUUACUCGGGCGCCUCAUCCUUUCUGGCUGCCUGCGAGGAGGGGCGGCGGCCCCCGCGGUCGCUCCCCGGCCCGGCCCCAGCGGCCUUCGUCAGGCGGCCGCCGCAGCAGCAGCCCAUAAAGGGCCGACGAUGCAGCUCUACAGCACCAUCGUCACUCACUACCCGGCAGCGACAGCAGCGGCGGCGGCUGGCAGCGGUUCGGCCAGCGGCCCGGGCGUCGUCUUCAAAGUCUCCCCUUCUCCGGAUCCUGCGGGCCAAAGCCCAGUGGGAGUCGAGAGCGAAGCGGACGUCGGAGGAGGAGGAGGAACUUCGUCCGCCGGAGCAGCCGCCGCCAUGCCCGCCUACUCUUGCCUGGAACUGCUGCCUCCGACAGGCCCCGGCCAGAGGAAGCCGCCGCAAUGCUACGGCCCCGGCGCCACGAUGAUCCGCCGCAGACCCGUGGAGAGGGUGGUGCCUAUCCGCUUGGUGCAGCGGCCGGAGACCGUGGCGGUGGCGGGCGAGCUGGGCCCGGCGGCGUCUCACACCCACCCUUGGCUGCUGGUGGAGAGUGACUUGAUGGCUGCCCAGCCCCAACCCCAGCCGCGCCCGGAGGAGCCCAGCAACCGCGGCCUCCGCUUCAACGAGCAUUGCCAGGCCUUGCAAGCGGCCACGGGUGCCACGGCGGAACCUUCGCCCGCUUGUCAAGCGGCGGCCGGCGGCAGCGAAGCUGAACUCGAGUCCGCCGAGGAAGACGGGCCUUGCCCGGUGCACCGCCCGACGGAGCGCAGCGAAAAGCUGGCCCUGUACCUGGCAGAGGUGGAGAAGCAGGACAAGUACCUGCGGCACAAGGGCCGUUUUCGCUUCCACAUCAUCCCCGACGGGAACUGCCUGUACCGCGCAGUCUGCAAGGCCGUCAACGGCGACCAGCGGCUGCACGGCGAGCUCCGCGAGCAGACGGUGCAUUACAUCGCCGACCACCUGGACCACUUCAACCCCAUCAUCGAGGGCGACGUGGGCGAAUUCCUCAUCAACGCCGCCCAGGACGGCGCCUGGGCCGGCUACCCGGAGCUCCUGGCCAUGGGGCAGAUGCUGGACGUCAACAUCCACCUCACCACGGGCGGCAGGCCCGAGAGCCCCACCGUCUCCACCAUGGCCCACUAUCUGGGGCCCGAGGACCCGAGCCGGCGCAGUAUCUGGCUGAGCUGGCUCAGCAACGGGCAUUACGACGCCGUGCUGGACCGCCAGUGCCCCAAUCCCGAGUACGAGGAGUGGUGCAGGCAGACUCAGGUGCAGCGUAGGCGGGACGAGGAGCUGGCCAGGUCCAUGGCGGUCUCUUUGUCCAAGAUGUACAUUGAGCAAAACGCCUGCUCGUGAGAUAGGACACCGCCGUCGGGGCCUGCUGCCCUGGUGCCUUACUCCUUCCUCGGCCAAGCCGCCCUGCCCCGGGCGCAGCAAAGACCUCGAGGGGAACAAAGACUGAUCAUUGUAACCAGCACUUGUAUAUACCGACACAUCCUGGUUCAUUGGACGUUCUAUUCUUUUUGUAUAUGUUUGUUGCUACUGUUUCCAGUACUCUUUUCUUUUUUCUAUAAGGGUUCUUUUUUCCUUUCUUUGCACAGUUUUUUUUAACUUGUCACCUCUGUCUCUUACAUCUUACUUUGGCAUCUGGCUUUUCAAGUCUGCUGCCAGAGGUAAGUGAAUAAGAGAGUUACAGGGGGAGGGGGCGUGUGUGCUAAUACAGCUUGCGGCCUAACAGUUGUUUUAUGAUGCAACUUGAAAUCUAACCCAUCAUAAUUCUAUCAAACAAACAAAUGUGCUAGGCCCACUGUCCCCCCCUCUUUAUAUGAGUAAAGCAAGUAAUUUUCAGCUGCUGUGUAUUUCUUUUAAUUUAAAAUAUGCAGUUAACUUUGAAGUGGUUUCUUCUAAGGUGCACGGACCACUGCAGAGCAGGAUUUCUUCAGACAGUUGGAGCAUGUCAUGACUUUUUUACAGAUGGUACAGAGAGCAAUUGUGAUUCUCCUGUGCAGUUGUCUAGAGUAGGCUGGCUUUUCACUUCACCCCAUUGGUGCCAUUUUUUCCCUUUAAGUAUUGAGUUACAAAACAAAGUCUGACUUAGAAUGUUAUGACAUGACAAAAUAGCUAUUUAAGAAGAGCCUUGAUAUGCGAUCUUGUUCUUUUUUAUGGAUAUACAUGAUCCAUGCCUGCUUUCUAGCAGCAGGUUUAUCUUAUCACACACUGUUAGAUGUUUUCUAAUCACUAAUAAUGGGCUUACUCUGGUAUUAUGUAAAAAUGUAUUUAUAUUAAGGGUCUGUAUGGUUUGCUGGGUCAAACAUUCAAGGUUUCCAAGGUAAAAGCUCCCCUCUUUAAUUUCCAGUUAAAUUGAAAUUGCUAGAUAUAUUUAUUAAGUAAAGGAGUUUGUACUUUUUUAUUUUGUGACCUUUGGAAUUUAUACUGUAUUUGUAUAAUAGGAAUAUUCUUAGCUAUUCUGAAAUAAAUGUAUAGUUUUGCUUGAAUUUUAAUUUGUAGUCCUUAUUUGAGAGAUUAAUAUUUGAAUAUAAAGAAGUGGUUGACAGUGCAGUCCUAAGCUGAAAAGGCACACAGAGCAGUGCUGUACUAAACAGAAUUAAAUGAAGUAAGUGUUUUUAAGCCCAAUCAAUUUAAUGGGCUUAGAAACAUUUAUGUACUUUGUUUAUUCCCCACCUUUCCCCUUAGUGGGGACCCAAAUCAGCAUAUAUCGUUCUCCUUUUCUGCGUUUUAUUUUCACAAGUUCACAACAAGCAUGUGAGGGAGGUUAGGCUGUGAGUGGGAAGAGUGAACCCUUUUCUCUUGGUGAAGCUUGAUCUCCCAUGGCAGAGUGGAGAUUCAAACCUGGUUCCCUAGUCUGGCAGUCUAACCAUUAUGGCACUGGCUCUUUAAGAUCAUAAGAAAUGCGUAGAUGAAAUCAAAGGCAUUUCAGUGUUUAUGAACCUCUAGUAACUGAUGCUCUGUUGCUACCUCUGAACAUGGAAAUUCCAUUUCAAAUGGUCAAUCUAUUUUCAAUGAAUGUCUCGUUUUCAAAAAUUGAAUUAGGUUGCUACUGGUUGUGGUUAUCUGUAACCAGCACUUCUAUACCGUCUGUUUUUGCCUUUCUUAAAAUGUCCUGAUGCUUUAAAACAAAAUAGCAUCUUUUGCUAAUAAGUUAAGGAAACUGUUCUCUGAGGAGAUUGAAAUGUAUAAUAAGGGUAGGGCUGCAGUGCUUUCUUGAUUUUCUUUUUUAGAGAAGCCAUAUUCAGAGACGUAUUCCCUCCUGAAUAAGAUGAGGGAAAUUUAUGCAAAGAGUAUGCCUGCUGCCAUUUCUAUAUGUAUUAUUUAAAAGUAAAAGGUAUGUUUUUUUCUUAAAAGCUUUCUAUUCCUGUGCAAAUGUGCAGAAAA